AGUGAAAGAGCUAUAUUUGUACCCAUAUCUCUCAUUCAAUAUUUCAACCAGUUUCCAUGAUAUUACCCAAAUUGUUAUUUGGUCCCAUGAUAUGUCUGGCAGGUAUUUUGCCCAAUGUAUGCAAGACGCCGGCUACGUCAGUGGCCUUAGUGGUUUUCGGCGCCGUCAAAUUUUCCCUGCCUCAUAUGUUGAGCAAGAAAUUGAAAAUCAUAGGGAUAUGAAACAUUUGGCAGCUUGUGAGGAUAACCGCAGGUUCAUAUCCGAAGCGGAAUUAUGCAAGAAAAUUAAAAAUUUUGAAUCAACUAAAUUAGCCAUAGGCGAUACGUCACCAUUAUCCAUACUGUCUUUGUUUGUGGAAGGAAUUAAAGAAAAUGAUAUAUUUAAAAUACGCGCAUUUGCUAGUCAU